UCAUAGAAUAAUAUGAAAAUGUGCGCAUGUACAGACUGUAUUUCUGUUCGAUAUAACUAGUUCAUUUCUCCAAUUUCAGACGGUGAAUUUGGAACAAUAUAACAAAUAACAUAAAGAAAUUUAUAUUGAAUUAAAAGUAAAGAUGUCGAAUAGUAAAUGUAUUAAACAAUUGCGUAAAAAUUAUGUAAAAGAUCAACAAGAAAUGUCACAUUCGGAAAAGCUACGAUUGAUAGAUGAUGAAUUGAAUGCGUUUUACAAAUAUUGUCAACAAGCUGGCUUUACAGAAGAAGAAAUGGAUAUUAUUUGUCAACCAUUAGUAGCUGCAAUGCGGCGCUCUUGGUUACAACUUGUUAUCAGGGGAACACUUGUAUUAAUUGUUCUUGGUACUUUAGCAUGUCUAGCAGCUCAACUUGAUUUUGUUGGAACUCAUUUUACUGCAAUUAGUCGUCUUUUACUUAUCAAAGUUCUACCAAUUUGGAAUUGGCAACCCUUGUACUAUGAAAAUUGUAUGAUUAAUAAUCCUUUUUAUAAUGAUUAUAUGAUAACUGAAGAAGAUUGUGUGACUUGUGAAGCUUUGGAAACUAUUGAUCGUUUAUCAGAUGUAAGAUAUCGAAAUCUUGUUGAUAAUUAUCUGAGUAGGGAUGCACCUGCAAUUAUCACAGAUGCAAUGGAUUCUUGGGCAGUUAUGAAUACAGAUUAUUUUUGGUUCGAUAAUAUUACUCAUCUUUAUUUAGAAAAUGAACGCUUAAUGGAAACAGUACCAUGUGCUUUGACUUCAAAUUUGAGAACUGGUUCAUCCGACUUGGCAGCAUUUUUGCGUCGGGUACAUUCACCUGAAGUAGCUAAAUGGUUCGUCCAUUGGCAAAAUUGUGAUAUCAAUGCGGUGAAAGUGUUGAGAAAGUAUUACCAACGUCCAUAUUUCCUUUCAAGUACUGUCUCACCAGCGCAUUUUAAUUGGGUUCUUAUGUCUUCGGAUUAUAAUAGUCCGAGUUAUAAAAAGGUCGAACUAGAUUCAGGUCUUAUAGCUCUAGCUCAAUUACGAGGAGCUACACAACUUCGUUUGACUCCUAUAAAUCCUUGUAAUAGUUCUUGCCCUGAAUUAGUAGCAGAUUUGCAUCAAGGCGAGAUGCUUGUGUUUACUAAUUUAAUGUGGACUUUGGAAUAUGCGCCGAUGAGAGGAUUAGACAACAUUGCAAUCUUGACUGAAACUGUCUGGGAGGAGGAUACAUAAAUCAUAAUUAUUCCCUUUAUAUUGUAUUAGUCUAUUAUACCCUUAAUCUAAGUAUAUAUUGCUUAAUUAAAUUAUAUACAUGUAUAUUCAUUCUGCUAUCAUAGUUCAUAUUAAAUAAAAUACUUCAUCUAAUAAA